CACAAUUCUCCGUCGCCAUUUUGCCGUCAAUGGGAGUGGGCGGGGCCUCAGACUGCGGUCGUCGUUACGUACACUGUAAACAGGAAGUGAUCCGUUGGCUUAGAAGAACGGACUGUCAAUUUUGUGACUGAAAACUGAGAAGUCAUCAUGGGUAAAAGCUGCAAAGUAGUUGUGUGUGGCCAGGCUGGAGUUGGUAAAACAGCUGUGUUGGAACAAUUACUGUAUGCAAAUCAUGUUGCAGGUUCAGAGCCUAUGGAAACCCUUGAGGAUAUUUACAUUGGCUCCAUCGAGACUGACCGUGGCACACGGGAGCAGGUGCGCUUCUACGAUACCCGUGGACUCCGGGAUGGGAUGGAGUUUCCUCGUCAUUACUACACUUUCGCCGAUGGCUUUGUGCUUGUCUACAGCAUCGACAGCAAAGAGUCCUUUAAGCGAAUGGAGGCACUCAAGAAAGAUAUUGAUCGUCACAGAGACAAGAAAGAGGUCACCAUCAUCGUGCUGGGCAACAAGCUGGACAAGCAGGACGAGAGGAGAAUUGAAGUUAACUAUGCUCAGAACUGGGCGAAGAAUGAGAAGGUGCGUCUGUGGGAGGUGUCGGUGGUGGACCGACGCGUCCUCAUCGAACCCUUCGUCCACCUGGCCAGCAAGAUGACCCAGCCACAGAGCAAGUCCACCUUCCCUCUCAGUCGCAAUAAGAACAAGGGUGGUGGUUCAAUGGACAGCUAAGAUGCUGGGCUCGGCUUGAUUGAACGAGGAGUUCAUGAGGGAAUGCUAAAGGGAAUGUUGUUUCAUUAAAAGUUCAGUUUUAAAAAUGUGGAGAGUUUAUCAUAAGAGAAAAGGCAUAAUGAUUGUACAGAUAUUUCUAUCCAGCUGGUGCUGUUCUGCUGAAAUGCUUCUUUAAUCAUGACAUUGUAAAUAUUUAUCUUACACCACCACGGAAAUAGAUCAGUUGAAAAGUUGGUUUUCAUGUUAAUAAUAUUUCAGUGUUACUGAGUAGACUUAUGUUUGGACCACAGACUGUGUGCUUUGUACCUACAUGUCAAACUGCUUACAAUCAGCAUUUUUAUCUAAUUUUUAUCCUUGGAAAAACAAGUUGCACAUCACUGGACUGGCUUUGAUUUUCUACACACUAAACAAGUUCGCAAACUGAAUCCCAAAUGGCAGCCAUGUUCACGUUACCUAAUAACUGCUUGACACAGAUGUUUGAUUUCACAUUUUCUAAAAGGAAUGAUGACUGAAGGGAUUGCAUUCACACAUUCUGCACAAUCUAUAGCAGUUCGUCUGUGUGGAUCUUUGUUACAUAAUAUUCGUUUAUCGUUGUCUAUUGACAUUCCUUACCACACCGAGCCUUGUGUACAUGUAGAGGGUAGGCAUUGCUGGCUCAGGUGUUGCUUUUUCUGGUGACUCCGUGUAAAAACAGAUGGAGCCCAUUGCAGUGAAAUAUCAGCACUUUGACCCUUGUAAGUCACUGUUGUGGAUGUUGUAUUGUUCCUGAGGCAUGAAUCAUUUAUUAACGCUGCGUCGUUAUAUCAAAUUUAAGAUGCUUUUGAUCAUUGCUUUAUCGAAAUGAUGGAGAUAUGUUGAAAAUAGUGCCAUGUUCGUUGACACUAUUUCUCUUUCAGCGUAUUUAAGCUUUUGUAUGGUCAUACUUUUCAAAUGUUGACAGUUUGUAUUUGUUUGCAUGUUUUGUAAACAAAUUAAAGUUCUCUCUGUGCCUGA